AUGGAUUGUGUACAUAGGGGUGAUUGGGAUUGGGGAAAACUUGAUACACUUCUUAGCAGGGACAUUCUGGAUGCUGUUGGAAGUGUAUGUCCUCCAACGAACAUGGAUGGUAAGGAUAAGGUGAUUUGGACCCUCUCUAACUGUGGAUCCUUCAAGGUUUGCUCUGCAUACAGAUCUUUAUCCUGCCAGGGCAUGCAUGCCUCUACCAAGAGCUGGGACACAGUUUGGAAGUGGGAGGGACCACAAAGAGUAAAGUUCUUUCUAUGGCUUCUAUCUGGGAACAAGCUUUUAACUAAUGCAGAGAGAUACCGUAGGCAUAUGUCUGCUUCUGAUUUAUGUCCUAGAUGCAACAAGGUUGGGGAAGAUGUUGAUCAUGUGUUUAGAAGUUGUCACUGGAGUCAAGAGGUAUGGAGCUACUGGAUAGAGAGCAGGGAGUUGUCAGGUUUUCGUCCACCACUCAUGGGCAUCGCCCUUCAGCAUAUAAGUCGAGAACAUAAGCUUCUGCGGAUCUCAACGAGGUAUGCUCUUUUCAAAUUCCACUGCUGCUUCUCUUUGAGGUUAUAUUCUUGUGGGUUUCGUAACAUUGAUGAUGUUGUCUCCUCUUUCAUGUCUGCUAUCGCUAAGCGUCAUCCUCCAUCCAUUAUUGAAUUUAAUAAGAUUUUGGGAUCUAUUGUUAAGAUGAAAGCAUAUCCAACUGCUCUUUCACUCUUUGCUCUUAUGGAGUCUAAGGGUAUCACUCCUUCCAUUUUUAGUUUGAACAUCUUGAUCAAUUGUUAUUGCCACUUGGGUCGGAUGGAUUUUGCUUUUUCUGGUUUGGGUAAGAUUAUCAAGAUGGGUUACGAAAUGGAUACAAUAACUUUGAAUACCCUAUUAAAAGGACUCUGUCUUAGUGGAAAGAUUAGGGAAGCUCUGGAAUUUCAUGACAGGGUAAGAGCAAUAGGAUUUAGGCUUGAUGAGUUUAGUUAUGGUACAUUGAUCAACGGGUUAUGUAAAAUGGGAGAAGCCAUUGCCCAGGGAAUUUCUCCUGAUGUAGUCACGUACAAUUCUCUAAUUCAUGGUUUCUGCUGUGUCGGUCAAUUGAAAGAAGCAACUCGAUUGCUGAAUGAAAUGGUUCAACAAAACAUCAACCCGAACAUAUAUACCCUAAGCAUUUUCAUUGAUGCAUUAUGUAAAGAAGGAAGAAUGAUAGAAGCCCAAAAGAUAUUUGAUGUGAUGUUGGAAAGAGGUCCUAAGCCUAAUGUUGUCACCCACAAUGCUUUGGUGGAUGGAUACUUUUUAAUCGAUGAACUGAAUGCGGCAAGAAAGCUAUUUGAUGAUAUGGACAAAAUCAGUUUGACACCAGAUGUUUGGAGUUAUAGCAUUAUGAUUGAUGGGUAUUGCAAAAAUAAAAGGGUAGAUGAUGCUGUUACUCUCUUUAAAGAAAUGCGUCACAAAAAUUUAGUUCCAGAUACUGUAACAUACAGUUCUCUUAUUGAUGGCUUGUGCAAAUCGGGGAGAAUAACAUGUGUGCAAGAUAUUGUAAAUGAUAUGCAUCAAAAUGGUCAAGCCCUUGAUUUAAUUACUUACAGCAUCUUAUAUUUAAUCAAUAAAGUGAAUGAGGCAAGAAAGCUAUUUGAUUAUAUGGACAAAAUAGGUUUGACACCAGAUGUUAAUAGUUAUAACAUUAUGAUUAAUGGAUAUUGCAAAAAAAAAAAGGUGGAUGAAGCUGUAACUCUCUUCAAAGAAAUGUGUCGCACAAAUUUAGUUCCUGAUACUAUGACAUACAAUUCUCUUAUCGAUGGCUUGUGCAAAUCUGGGAGAAUAACAUGUGUGCAAGAUAUUGUAAAUGAGAUGCAUGGAAAUGGUCAAGCCCUUAAUUUAAUUACUUACAGUAUGUUGUUGGAUGCUCUAUGCAAAGCACAACAUCUUGAUGAGGCAAUUGCAUUGUUUCAGAAAAUUGUUAACAAAGGAAUUUAUCCAGAUGUGUUUGCAUACAAUAUUCUUCUGAAUGUUUCGUGCAAAGGGGGAAGACUGAAGACUGAAGACUGCAGAAGAGUUUUUUCAUCAUCUUUUGAUCAAUGGCUAUAG